AUGGGGCACCUACCCUCAACAAACACGCCAAUCUCACCGCAUGCGCAAUCAGAAACAUCAAACGUUCCUUCAAUAAAUGGCAAAGCAAAUGGUAACGGUAAAACACAAUACACUUAUGAAUAUUUGGCACAAUUAUUAAAGGAUAAAAAGCAGUUGGAAGCAUUUCCUAAUGUUUUCCAUCACCUCGAUCGGCUUGUUGAAGAAGAAAUUAGCAGAGUACGGGUAUCAUUAUUCCAAUUUGAAUUCGCUAAAGAUGCAAUGUCAAAUCUACCAGAACCAGAAGGGGAAAUUACCACCAUGACUGAGAAGAUAUUCGUUCCUGUCAAAGAACAUCCAGAUUACAAUUUUGUUGGAAGAAUAUUAGGCCCACGUGGUAUGACAGCAAAGCAGUUGGAGCAAGAAACUGGAUGUAAGAUAAUGGUACGAGGAAAAGGCUCGAUGCGAGACAAAGCCAAGGAAGAAGCAAAUCGUGGUAAACCUAACUGGGAACAUUUAUCAGAAGAAUUGCAUGUUUUGAUACAGUGUGAAGAUACACCAAAUCGAGCACUGAUAAAAUUAAAACGAGCUGCAACCGAAGUGAAGAAGUUACUGGUUCCUUCGUCAGAUGACGAUGAGUUGAAACGUAAGCAACUAAUGGAAUUAGCAAUAAUAAACGGUACCUACCGAUCAGCUAAUGUUACACAAACAGCGGCUGCGCAAGCUGCUGCUGCUGCCGCUGCUGCUGCUGCAGUAAAUAAAAAUUCUUUGGCUGCAUUGCAAGCUCGUUUAAUGACACCAUUACCUCUUGCUGCUACACAAACCAAUAACUUAAGAUCACCUGGUUUAGCAGGAGCACCAAUUAUUCUCUCACCUUCACGUGCUGCUGCACCUACAGCUGCAAAUGCAGCAGCUGUAGCACUUGCAGCACAACUCCAAGCUGUAGCUAAUCAACAACAGAAUGUUGCAGCAGCGCUUAAUCAACAGGGAUCUGGUAAUGUGACUGCAUUACCACCUCAGUUACUACAGAAUCAUCCCACGUUAGCACAGAAUGAAUAUGCACAAUUAUAUCUGAAUUCACUACCAUUCGACCCAUCAGGUUCGGCAGGUUUUGGAGUUCCAGUAAGCAGCACAGCAGCAACAUUUCAGGCUCAGGCUCAAGCUCAGGCGCAAGUUCAAGCUCAACAACAGCAAUAUGCAGCUGUAGCUGCAAUGCUUGGUGCUAAUGCUUACAUCGGUGAUUAUGCAUCAUCAAUGGAUAUCUCCCAUGCGGGUGCAAUGCUGUGUAACCAACGACGUGUGCUUGGUCAAACUAGAGAUCAUCCAUAUGGUAGCAACAAAUCAGCUACUUCAUAA